AUGUUGGAAAAAUUUCUUCUUGUUCGAUCAGUGCCACUCACCUGUUUAAUAUCCAUUUCUAAACGUUACGUACGUACAAUAUCACCCUCAACUCCGACGACUUCUACCGGAGUUUCAUCAUCUCUAUCGGAUAAAGAAGAUAAAACAGCGAUUGAUUCCACUGGAAAAGUAUUCACAUUUCGUCAUGGACCACCUCCUGAUAUAGUACCAGUCGACGAUCUCGGUCCGUAUGAGAUUCGUUUACAAAAUAUCGGAUGUAAAAAUCGUCAAUUUAAUCGUAUUGUCGUUCAACGAAUGAAACAUUCACCAAAUGCCAAUGAAAUUGUGGAAAAUCUCGGUUCAUACGAUCCAAUGCCAAACAAUAAUAAUGAAAUUUUAGUUGCUCUCAACAUAAAACGACUCAGAUAUUGGAUUGGUACUGAUGGUGUAGUCAUCAAUCCAUGGGUGCAGAAAUUACUCGGGCGGUGUGGAUUUUUCCCUGUUGAUCCAGCUGAUUAUGUUGAUGCAUAUCGAGCGAGGAAAAUCGCAGAGAAUCGUAUAAGAUAUCCUGAGAAGAAAGACGAAGAAGAAGAAAAACAAGAAGAAACCGCUUGA